AUCUAGGUCUUUUACUUGAGUCCUGACGACUCUUCUUAAUUGUUCAUUAGUCGUUUCUUGACUGGACUUUUGCACCCUUUGACUGUUCUUGAACAUUUUGAUAAAUCUGAGGCUCCAACAUUCCAUUUUUCAUAUUAUCCUAAGUGGGUUAAGAUUUCCAUAAGGUUUUGAUCAAUUCUUGAUCCCAAUAUUUGCCUUUGGAUAUGGUCAAAAAAUUCAAAACCCCUGUAGUUUUCUUGUUUUUAUUUUGAAGGGUUUUGUUUAUUUUGGCCAGUACAUCUAAAAUUAUUGAAGUUCAGUACUAUGGGGUUGCUAUAAUCCAACUUUGAAGAGCAUAUUGAAGAUUCUUGAUUCUUUUUUGAUCUGUAAGUUCAUGGCAUAACUGUGAAGGUUUUAACAAGUUGGAUUCUUUUUGUGUUCUUGAUAGAGUUGUUGUGUUAUAUAGCAAUAGUUUAGUUAUGGCUUCAUCUAAAAAAGGAAGAAUAAAAGAUGCAGCUUUUAGACGUUUAGUAUCUCUAGCAUUGAUAACUGUGCUUGGAGUAAUUUUGCUGUUAGUUCUUGUUAGGACCAAUACAAUAUCUAGUUUGAUAAACAGUGAUACUUAUGAGGGUAGUACUGAAAGUAUUGAAAUUAUUGAAACAAAGGAGCUUACUGUAAUUCCAAAACUAAUCUUGCAUAAUGAGUUGUCAGUUGUCUUGAAAAAGAAAAAUCAGAUCCCUCCAAGGAACUUGGAUUUGUUUCCAAAGUUAGCAAAAGAUCAUGUAGUUGUUGUUUUGUAUGUUCAUAACCGGCCUCAGUAUCUUCAAAUCGUGAUCGACAGCCUUUCUCACGUGGAAGGAAUAAGUGAGACUCUGUUGAUUGUUAGUCAUGAUGGAUACUUUGAAGAGAUGAAUAAGAUUGUGGAAAGCAUCAAGUUCUGCCAAGUGAAACAAAUAUUUGCCCCUUAUUCGCCUCACAUUUUUACCGAUAGCUUUCCAGGUGUAUCUCCUAAUGAUUGCAAAGACAAAGAUGAUCCAGUUGAGAAACAUUGUGAGGGAACGCCUGAUCAAUAUGGGAACCACCGGGACCCGAAAAUUGUCUCGUUGAAGCAUCAUUGGUGGUGGAUGAUGAAUACUGUGUGGGAUGGAUUAGAGGAGACUCGUCAACACUCAGGUCAUAUUCUUUUUAUAGAAGAAGACCAUUUCAUUUAUCCCAAUGCAUAUCGCAAUAUGCAGUUACUUGUGGAUUUGAAGUCAAAAAAGUGCCCCGACUGUUAUGCUGCCAAUCUAGCGCCAUCUGAAGUGAAGUCGAGGGGAGAGGGAUGGGAAUCUUUAGUUGCAGAAAGGAUGGGAAAUGUAGGUUAUGCGUUUAACCGGACAGUGUGGGGGAAAAUUCAUAAAAAGGCAGCGGGAUUUUGCUCUUUUGACGAUUACAAUUGGGAUAUAACAAUGUGGUCGACAGUUUAUCCUUCGUUUGGUUCUCCAGUUUACACAUUACGAGGGUCUAGGUCCAGUGCUAUUCAUUUUGGGAAAUGUGGUUUGCAUCAAGGUCAUCAUCGUAAUCUAGCUUGUAUGGACAAUGGUGGUGUGAAUAUUGUUGUCUCUGAUAUUGAUAAAGUCACAAAUAUCAAACCAGACUGGGAAGUUCGGAAAUAUGAGCACCAGGCAGGAUAUCAGGGUGGUUUCAAGGGCUGGGGAGGCUGGGGAGAUGUACGGGAUCGCGAAUUGUGUUUGGAGUUUGCUAAAUUGUAUGUCUAAGGAUGGCCAUCCCCUUUUAAGAUAGGUAAGCCUUUUUAUGCCUGGGUUGCAUCUAUAAUCUAUGUUGUCGCAAAAAAGCUUCUUUUUCUGGCUUGGCAAGCGUGAUAGAUAUUUUUUCUGGAUAAGGCACUAAAUUAAUGGCUGCCUGUAUGGCGUGAGGCAGAGACUAAAUGACAUACUUUUAUGUAGGGGCAGAGCAUUUACCGAGUUCUUUUAGGUGGUUUCCAUUUUCUGAGAGUGAAGCAAUAGAAUCGAAAGUAAAAUUAAGUUGUCAUUUCCAGCAUUGCAUUUCUUUUCCAUGUAC